UACUGUCAGUGAACGGUGGAUGGGGACAGAGAUACUGAAUAAGAUGGCAUUGGAUGCAGGAAUAUAUAUACGCCUAAAAGGAAGCUUUUGAUAAGGAUAGGACAAUAAAAUAUUGUAACUGGUGAAAAAUAUAAAAGGUAUACUUAUGCUCUAAUAUUACCUCUAAGAAUCCAGUUCUUGCCUGUAAAAACAAAGGGUGAUGGAGCCAUAAGAAUAUAGGUUUAACGGAAAACUGAAAAUAUUUCUCUUUGGAAGGACAAAUGUACAUUACAUAAUUUUUGUCUGAUGUUUUUCGAAAUACUUUUUAAUUAAUCUUAUUGUCCAUGUACGCAUUGUAUUAUAAUUUCCUGUAGAGGAAUUUUGAUGUGACUGAUUUAGAUCAGAGAACCGCAAUAUAGGCAACGAACGAAUGAAGAUCGAAUAUUGGCGAAUUAAACUUGAAGUGGGAGCUGGAUUGAACCGUUCAGCAUUUUUCUUGCCCCAGGAUAACUAUAUGCGGUGCAGCUGGAUACAUUCUGGAAGAGGUGUCAGCUUUGGAAAGUGCAUACCGGAGGGCGUUAUGAAAGAGCACAGAGUUGUUAUACGCUGUGUUUCAGACCGAGUGGAUAUUUAAGGGUCAUUUGGAGAUCAGAGAAGGCAGUGACGCUGGCGACCCUUCCAAUGAACACAAACGCUCCCUGUUCUUCCUAUCUGUGAGCAAACCAUAGCCCUCUGUGCUCUACAAUUACAGUUACAUUUAAAAGAGAACGAUUUAUAAUGAGAUUUUUUUCAAAGUAGCUUCAUUUGCCUUUGCUUCUCUGGCUGGAUUUAAAAUGAUGUAUUACUGAAGAGAAGCGAAUCUCGAAAACCUCAUCAAAACGCCGCCACCGUCGAGGCUAUCCACAGCGCCGUAGUGGGGGAAAUACAGCAAUAACCACCGUGGGAAGCUUCAGUUAGGCGCACUACAUUUCCAUCAAACACAUCAGCCAAAAUGGGGGAGCAGCCAAUCUACAGCACCCGUGCCCAUGUCUUCCAGAUCGACCCCAACACCAAAAAGAACUGGGUCCCCACCAGCAAGCAUGCAGUGACCGUCUCCUAUUUUUAUGACAGCACAAGGAAUGUCUACCGAAUCAUUAGCCUGGAUGGCUCUAAGGCUAUAAUAAACAGCACCAUCACCCCCAACAUGACUUUCACCAAGACGUCACAGAAGUUCGGCCAGUGGGCGGACAGCCGGGCGAACACCGUGUAUGGGCUGGGAUUCUCCUCCGAGAAUCAUCUGCUGAAGUUUGCUGAGAAGUUCGCCGAGUUCAAGGAGGCAGCGCGAUUAGCCAAGGAGAAGUCCCAGGAGAAAAUGGAGCUGACCAGCACACCAUCUCAGGAGUCAGCCACAGGGGAUGUACAGGCGCCCCUCACCCCAGAGAGCAUCAAUGGCACUGACGAUGAGAGGGCCACGCCGGAUGCUACGCCCAACUCAGAGCCCCGACCUGAGCCAUCCCAGAAUGCAUUGCCCUUUUCACAUAGCGCUGCCAUCAACAAGCACUGGGAGGCGGAGCUUGCGGCUCUGAAGGGCAACAACGCCAAGCUGACGGCUGCGCUCCUGGAAUCCACAGCCAACGUCAAGCAGUGGAAGCAGCAGCUGGCGGCCUAUCAGGAGGAGGCUGAGAGGCUGCACAAGCGGGUCACAGAGCUGGAGUGUGUUAGUGGUCAAACCAAUGUGAUAAAGUCUCAUAAAACUGAGCUCAACCAAACAAUAGAGGAGCUGGAGUCUACGCUGAAGGCUAAGGAAAAGGAACUUGAAAAGUUGAAAGAGGAGGUGGAAAAUGCGAACCAGCUACAAGCUCAAAGAGACUCCCUCACUGAGAAACUGCAGGAGACAGAGACACGGAACAAGGACCUGGAGAGCCAACUCACCGAGCUGGAGAAGCGCUUGGAGAGCAGCCAGCUGGAGCAGGAGACCUUCCGGAGGAACCUCAAGAGCCUGCUGGAAAUCCUGGAUGGGAAGAUCUUCGAGCUGACAGAGCUGCGGGACAACUUGGCCAAGCUCAUCGAAGGCAGCUAAAGACCCCCAAUGCCCCAGCCAGGAAAACGACACGCCAACGUUGUGCAGAAACACUCGGUAAACAAACUCAAGGUACCCACCACUGAGUCCUGCCUACCAUCAUCUCUUUUCCACUAAUUCAGAAGGCAGUUAUUUUUCAGACACUUGAUGAACUUUAGCUAUUUUUUUUCUUGUGUUGGGUUGUAUUCCAUCUUGAGAAAUAUCCAAUAUAGUCUUCUUUCUUUAUCCUUCCAUUUCAAAAGGGUGAUAUGACGUGUAUCAGGUGUCACCUGAAGAUGUUGAGAAUUUAUGUAUUUGCAUAUUUAUGUAUUUAUUUAUAUAUUUAUUUACCUGGGUCUCUCUUAUCCUUCUAUUCAUUUCUGCAUUACAACUGACAUGAUCAAGCCAAGGUAGGGCAGAUGACAGAGGGGGCAAUGAGGACGUAGACUGUGUCGCCGUCCGUCUCACUCCCCCUCUCGAGGUUCCCAUGGGAGAGGCUGCAUCCUGUGUGACAAACUGGACAUGAGCUGUGAGAACGAGGGGAGGGGAUUGAGGGAGGGUAGAGCAGGACGGCUGGAAGAGACUCCACAGGUGUCUGCCAGCGUUGUCUGUCCACGGGAGGACGCCGGCACUUCCACAGCUGCACCUCCAGAGCCGCUCCCUGCCUUCCCGACACACACGUCUACACCUUACCCUCAAUAAAUCAGCCUUCCAGGCUUCGCUCUCGAGCACCGUGGUCUAACGCACGACGGGAAAGGCCUGUAAUCAAAGAGCAAUACAAGGAGGAGCCUUUGAACACACUGCGAUCUCACAAUCAGGUAUUCCAAUCCUCUCCCUUCUGAAGCGAAUGGGACAGAGAACCUCUCGUCGAGAUGCACAAAGGCUCUUUUCGGUUGCUUGCUCCAAAGUGACUACAAAAAAGUCUUUGGUUUUAUGUACUUUUUUUUAAAUGAAACUUUUUACGAUACUUCUAAAACCUGAAUUGUACGAGACUGGAUGAAUCUGAGAAAAAUCAUUUUAGUUCAUUUUUGAAGUGCGACAGUAGAUCUGACUCCCUUCUAUGAUUAUUUAAAGGAAUGUUGUAAUGGAACUGUUCUUCUCAAAACAAUGAUUUUAUCAAUGGACCUCAGAUGUUCUUUCCCUCCUAGUUUUCUAUGUAUGUCUGGUUUGUGGGUAUUAUGACUAUUUCUAGGUGCAAAAAAGAUCUGGCAAUAUUUUUGAACUAUUUAACACACUAAAUAAACGUCAGACAGCAACUUGAACUGAACGUAAGUGGACUGCAGUGAAGCAAAUGAUGAUUUAAUUUGUUUUUUAUUGCUUUGCCAAAUACAAUAUAGUUUCUUGUACAGUGAAUUUAUAGAAGCUGCCUUUAGCACAAAGAUGCAUUAUGGGUAGCUUGUUGAUGGUACUGUUUGUGGGGUAUAUUAUUGCCAAAAAUCUGUGAUAUAUGAAGAAGAAAAUGUAUACUCUAAGAACAUUAUUUAAGGGCUUGUAGUUGGACUGGUUUACUUUGAAGAAUACUGCUAAAACUAGCGUUAUACUACCAGAUGUAAGCAUUAAUAUAAAACUUUGAAAGGGAGUAAUGACUGAAUAAUAAAUUUUAAAUGUUG